UCACCUCUGGUCAGUCUGCGAGUUAUUCGCCAUUGCUAGACACAUUCUUUGGAAGCGAAAAAGAUUGGUGAAAAUCCUAAUAAAUAGAAAGAGGACCGUGCAAUUUUAAGCAAUCGAUUAACUGAACCUUUGCGCUUACUGUUACCGAUCAGUAAAGAGUGUUACAAAGGAGAAUAUAAAGGAAAAGUAAAAAAAAGAUGCGAGGACGCGGCGGCUUCAUUCCACGUGGUAGUGGCACCACUCGCGGCGGCUACUACAAUAAUCGUAAUUCAAGCAAUUAUGUUAAUACUCGCACCCAGGGCAAUUAUCGCCCCAAUAAUGGCCGGUAUGAGAAUAACUACCACAACAACAACAAUCGUUACAACAAUAGCGGAGGAGGAAAUAGCCACUAUGAUAACCGGAGCAGGGACAAGUUCAACCAUCACAAUUCGAGCAGCGGGCGCUACGAAUCCAGUUCAUCGGGGCACAAGCGCAGCUAUGACUCAUCUCGCGAUCGCAGCGACGACCGAAAACGACCGCGCCAAGACGAUUACCGUCGUACGACCUCAUCGAAUGAUCGCAGCGAUCGACCCUCGUCCUCAUCGCAGAAUAUUGGCUCCUCGUCGUCGAACUAUCAUCAGCGUAGCAGCACCGGCGGCACUGGCAAUAGCGGUGGCGGUAGCUCAAGCUCCUACCGGCCUCGGGAUGAUUCCACCAGCGGAAGCCGGCAUCAGCGGGACGGAUCGAUGGGUCCACCAAAGCGGAUGAUGCGCAGCGUGGCCGGCACCAGCUAUAUAUCCCGACCCCGCGGCACAAUGUCGAUGAGAGGCGGCAUGAUGCGCACUGGGAUGCGGGUGGGAGGAAUGCGCGUUGUGCGCACCCGGGUCAACGAAUCGAAUGACCUGCGCACAAUGCGUCGCCAACUGCUCUAUGCACAGCAGAAAGACCGGGCCCGCCUGCUUAAAAUUCAGCAGCUGAAAAGCUCGUUGCGACGACAACGCCAGGGCGGGAAUUCCAGCGGCGAUUCCAGCGGCAAUGAAGACAAGGACGGCGAUGAUGCUGAGAAAAGCAAGAAGAAGAAAAGCAAGGACAAGGACGGAGAUGGAGGGGAUAACUCUGACUCUGAUGAUGAUCAUGACGAUGAUGACGAUGAUGAGAAGGACGACAAGAGCAAGAAGUCGUCGUCUGGUAAAAAGCGCAGCAGCAAGUCGGGCAACGAUGACAAGAGCGACGCCGAUGGCCACGAAGACGACGAUGAGCACGGUGACGGCGAUGACGAUGAUGAUAAGGACCUGAAUGAGUCCAAAAGCGCCAAGGCCGAUGACGCCUCCGAUGACGACGAUGUCAAGGCAAAGGGCGAAGAUGAGACCGGCGAUGGUGACAAGUCGGACGAAAAGGCCAAGUCGUCGGCAGAGAAGUCAGGUAAGAAAAAGGACAAGGAUGACUCGAAGGACUCCAAGUCGAAGAAGUCUAGCAAGAAGGAGCGAUCGUCGCGUAAGGACAAGGACGACUCGGACGACGAUCGUCGUAGCUCUCGUCAUCGGGAUGACGACCACAACAAUCGCAAGCGCAGCUUCAUCAAGCUCAUUUGCGUCCACUGCCGCAUCAAGUGUGUGACUUUUAAGGAGUACAACUACCAUCUGAACUCUCGCUCUCACAAGAACUCCAUGCGCCAGGUGGCUUUAAAUCAGCGAGCUGAUCUGCAGCGGAUGCGUACCCGCCAACGCACCACGCAACGUGAGAUCGAGGAGAACAGCAAGGAAGAGCACGAAUCCCGCUAUUGCCGACUCUGCCGUUUGGCCUAUCGCCAGCCCAAGAAUCUUCACCAGGCUUCCGAGCAUCACAAGACCAUUAAGAAGUUCUUGAUGCCGUAUUGUGGCUCUUGCCAUUUGGCCUUUAAGAAUGCCAUGCUUUACGAGAAUCAUCGUUGCUCCCUCGAUCACAUUAGGAACAAGGCCCGCAACGAUGAGUCUGGAUCUGAUGAUAGCGUGGAUGAGCGCGAGAUUGAUUUGAAUAAAUUUCACACCGUGGACUCCGUAGGCGAGAUCGAUGUAGAUAUGAUUGAUGCUGAUGUGGAUGCCAUGGUGACCGAGGCAGAAGCCGCAUUAAAAAGCGAGGAUGAAGAGACGCGUAAGCGCGCUCUAAUUGGUCCCGACAAUGUGAAGACUAUCGAGGCUUUCUACUGCGGAUUAUGCAACCACUAUUCUGCCAAGACUGAUGACGUUUCACUAGAGGACUACACUAAGAAGCAUUGCUUGCAGCAUUCCCACGUUAAGGCUUUCCUGCGCAAAAAGGAGGAAACUGAGAAGAAGAAUAAGACAGAGGCUGAUGACGAUGACAAUGAUAAGGACAAGAAGGCCGAUGAUGAUGAUGCGGAAGGUGAUGAGGACAUCGAUGACAAGUCGAACGAAGAUGACGAUGAAAACUUCGGAGAUCGAGAUGGAGAAGAUGGUGAUGAAACCCAUGACGAAAAGUUAUGGGAGGAGGUCGACAAGGAUCUGGGCGACCUGCUGGCGGAAGUUGAACCUCUGGGACAGGAAGAAGAUGAGGAGGAUGAGGACGAGUCCGUGCUUAACAUUGACAUUGCAAGUGAGAAAAACAAGCUUAAAGAUGCCAAGGAGGAAGCGAACGGCGAUGGCGAUGAGGGAGAAAAUACAGACAACGAGCCGGCGGCAAAAUCGCCGGAGAAAAAGCCCGCUUCCUCGCCAGCCACACCAACGGCCAAGAGCACCGCUAAGCAGUCGGUCAAAAAGACAACGCCUAAGCCAGCUGGCAAAGCCGCCAAACCUGGUCCAGCUUCAACGAAGCGCAAUGUCUUGGUCAGUGUGAAGCGUACUUCGGCGGCCGCCAUAAAAGCUGCCACCAAGUCCACGAACAACGCGGCAUCCGACUCCAAGUGAGCGACAUUCAAGCAGCACUAAUAUAUUAGUAAUGGCAACAACCAAACCCAGUGAAUGGGUUGCUACAAACAUAUUUCAAAUAUAUAACAUAACUAUAAUGUGCUCAAAAAAAAAAAAGUGCACACCAAUGCCCAACCCGAGCUGCUCUGUCAUCAGGCCACCGAGUCCAGCAAGCUUAAUAAAUGUCUAGACCUAACUAAACCAA